UUUAGAUUCUAACAGAAUAAAACACGUUCAGAAUUUUUGCGAAUCUACGCUUUAAACAAAAAAGAUCAACAAAUGUGGAUACAAACAUGGUGUGAAAGUGCUUAUCACCGUAGUAAUCGAGAGAAUCCUGAAUCUUCUAAUGAUCACUUUCAUUAUAUGCAAUCGAUUCCAUACAAUUAUCCUUCUAUUCAUGAAAAUUUGAUACAAAAUGAUAAUCCUAAUAUAAUCAAUUCAUUCUCUUAUAAUAAUAAUAAUUUUAUUGAUACUAGACUGCCAAUAUCAUUUUUACAAAUUCCAACUUCAUGUGAUCAUGCAAACUCGACAAUGAUUGCGUCACAUUAUUCAUCUUCACCAGUUACUCUGGAUUAUUGUAAUAAUGAAAAUACAAAUAAUAUAAUGAGUAACUCACUAACCAAUUAUGUUACUCCAACUGAUUCUAUAUCACUAAAUCAUAAUGGUAAUGAUAAUAAUAGCAGAAAUAUGAAUAAUAUUGAAGAUAAUAAUGAUUAUGUUAAUAUUCAGCAUCAAGACGGCAUCAAAAUGAAUGAAAACGAAAAUAUACCUUUACCAAGCCUUGACCUUGUACGGGAGCAUUCCGACGAAUGGGAUCGAACGGUCAAAAAUUCAUCAGAACUAAUGGAUAAUAUCAUAACAAAUACUAUCAGAGUAAAUAAUACAGAAAAUAAUCAAUUUUAUGAACAAUCAAAUCAACAAAAUAUAGAUACAAAUUCAAUUAAUUUUAAAAAUUGUCUUUGUAUCCAAUCUGAUAUAUAUGCGGAGAAAAUUAAUUCCAAUUAUUCUGAAACAUCUUCUUCAUUGUGUGAAUUUCAAUGUACCGAAAUACCAGAAAUUUCAAAUCAUUUAUUGGAAUCCACUGAAAAAAUCUAUCAUCAUCAACAUCAUAACCAAUUUAAUGAUAAAACUAAUCGAUAUUGUAACAAUCAAAGUAUUCAACAUGAUUGGUCAAUAUUAAAUACCAUGCCAAAUGGAACAGAUUAUAAAUUUGUCAAAUCACAAAUGAAUUUAAUGAAAAGUACACAUGAGAAUAAUCCAAAUUAUGAAAAUUAUUCACCUUAUUUCUCAUAUAUGGAUAAUAAUAAUAAUAGUGAUAAUCGUCAUAAUUAUUAUAAUUAUUUAAAUAGGACUGAAAUGUUAAAUAAAAUGAUAUUAGAAAACAGUGGUUUAAGUAUAUCAUCCAUUUGUUCUAGACCAUCGUUUACAUUACCAUUGACAUCAUCAACAUGUUUACUAACUGAUUAUUCAAUGUCAUCCAAACAACAAAUAGCUGACUCGAUUAUUUCAUAUCCAAAUGAACAGAAAAUAAUGACCAGAAAACAAACCUUACAAGAGAAAAGUCAAUUGGAUGAAUUUCAUAAUUUUGAUAAAAUUUUUUCUUUCCCCUCCACAUGUGUUCAUUUGAAAACAAAUGUAUCAAAUUUGAAUAGUGUUUCAUCUGAAUUCAGUGACCAAUGUAAACCAUUCAUUUAUCAUAUAAAUAAUAAUGAUCAAUUAACUAAUGAAAAUACAAAUGGAAAGUUUACUCGUCAACUGAAAAAAAGUAAACGAUCUAAUCGUUAUUCACGUCGAAUCACAAAAUUAGAAGGGUUGAAAAAAAUAAAAUAUUCAAACGGUAAUCAAGUUCACCAUCAUCAUCAUCAUGGGCAACACCCAAGUUUAUCUUCGACAAAUGAACUACUAUCAUUAGAAGUAACAAAGAACAAGAAAACAUCAAUCAUCUCAUCGACAAUCCCAUCACUAUCACCUACACUAACAUUGGUAUCGACAGUAAUACCAGCAACAACGCCAGUCACAACAACGGUCACUAACACGAUCGAGUUAAAAUCAAUGCUUAAAAAAACCACGAAAGAAACUAAUGAUUCAUUACUCAAUAAUAAUAAUCACAGAAUGGAUGAGUUGUAUUGCUCUACUUUGUAUGGUUCAAAUAAUAAUGAUAAUAAAACGCUGAACAGUCCAGUUAUGAAAUGGGAACAAACUGGAGUGUUUAAUGAUUAUAUGUCGAACUAUUGGUUGUCAUCGCGUAAAUCAUAUGAUCAAUUUUAUCAUCUUUCUGAUCGAUCUGUUUCACCUCAACCUAUAGAUGAAUAUCAUCAUCAUGAUCCUCCUCAACAUCUACAAUUACAACAGCUUAAUCAUUCACAAAAUUAUCAUGAAAAUAUCCCCACAACAUUCAUCACAUGUAGUCAAGAACAUAUUCAACAUAUGCCUGAAAAUCCUGUAUAUUGCUCUAAUUUUGAAAAAGUAAUAUCUAUUCAGCCAAAUAAUCCAGACGAAUUAACUAAUAUGAGAAAAUUUAACAGUGACAAUAGUAUAUUAAUUAAACAAAUGGAUGCAGAUCAUUUUGAUGUGGAUGAUCAAAUUAAAUUUGAAAAAGAAAUAAUCAGUAGGAAUGAUUGUCCCCCAUGUAUUCAGUUAACAAUGACAAGUACCUCAACCACGACGUCGACGACAACAAUGGUGACAACUAUGUCAACACAACCUGACCAUUCAUUUUUAAUGAAUAAUUCGACCUCAUUAAAUUUACCAACUAGCACAAUUCCUCGUAAUACUACUACUAAUAAUAAUACAUUAAUUAAUUCGCAAUUACUGAGUUCCGAUGUCAAUAAUGAUAAUUUAAACUAUCGAAAUGAAAGAUUCAAUAAUCAUAUCCUGGAUAUUAAUAACAAUAAUAAUAGUCGUAUAUAUAACAAUAAUAGUUUCACAGCAUAUAAAUAUCCCUCUCAAUCAAUUUAUACUAAUAAUUGUCAAUCGUUACCGGUUUUGAAUCCCCAACACCAACAAGAAACCACUUGCAGUGAUCAAAGUGAAUAUAGCUUAGACCAGUUAGCAACAAAUUCUUCUAUUAAUGAUACAAUACAAGUAUAUUCAGAAUUACCUACGAAUAACUUGACCAAAUCUUCCCAUUCUUCUGCUGAUAUUGUCAGUACAAAUCAUUGUGAUAGUGAUAUUAUUCUCAUUCAUAAUAGAGAUAGUCAAUGUACUCAUCAGUCUAAUCAUUAUCAUCAAAAAUCUCAAUUAAUUUUCAAUGAUAUUGAAUCUAUGGACAAACCAUACAAUACAUCAUUCUAUUGUCCAGUAACACCAACAACCAAUCAUCAUGGGCAUAUACAAUUAUGGCAAUUUUUAUUAGAAGAAUUACAAGAUCCUGAAGCAAAUGCAUUUAUUUCAUGGACUGGUUAUGAAAAUGAAUUCAAAUUAAAAGAACCAAAUCAAGUGGCACAACGAUGGGGUGCUAGAAAAAAUAAACCAAAAAUGAAUUAUGAAAAAUUAAGUCGUGGUUUACGAUAUUAUUAUGAUAAAAAAAUUAUUGAAAAAGUUUCUGGAAAACGUUAUGUUUAUCGAUUUACACGUAAUUUAAAUGAAUUGAUCAAUAAUCAAUUUACAGAAUCUGUAUCAUCAUCAACCUCAGCCACAUCAUCCUCAGUGACAUCAUCGUCUAUGCAUAAAAAUCAACCUUUUAAUAAUUUUCUAAAUAUGAAAAAUUUCAAAAGAUCAUUACAUAAAAAUAACACAUGGAAAAAUGAAAUUUUUGAAGAAAUCUAAUGUCGAGUUGUUUUCUUUUUCAACCAAAAAAAUGAGAUAGAGAUUACAUUUGUAUAGUUUUUAAAAAAAUAAUUCGAAAACUAAAACAAACCCAUCUAUUUGAAAGUGUUCUAGUUAUUUGUGAAAUAUUUCCUUUUUGAAAAAUACCAGUCAAAUACACUUGUGAACACAAUCAUAUUAGAUUACAUUCCUUAGUGUUUCUUCAAAAUAUAACGUAUUCUGAAGCGAAUACUUCAUUAUUAUUAUUAUUAUUAUUAUUA